UUACCAAUCGAAUAACGAUAGACAUUUGAAUCAACUUUCUGAAACUGUCUCUCAGCCCGACACCACUCUCUCAGCUUCGCACCUUCGACUCUCUCUCUCUGCUCUCUCAUCGAACCCAAAAGCAACGGAGACACGCUAUUGCCGGAAAAUAAACACUGUCGCCGCCGUCAGCCACCGCCUGUGGAAUAUCAAUGGAGCUUCAGCAUCAUCAGUCACCAAUGGACGUGUUCAGACCAAAAAAAAGAAGCAAUGUUGUUUGCAGGAUUUUCGACCGCCAAAUUUCGUCUAGUGCUUCUGGAACCAGUGUUCGCUAUACUAGGCGAUUUUACGAGAAUGUGGUCCCUGAUUAUACCAUAUAUGAAGUUGAGUGCCCAGAUCAGAUUUACCGUAAAUUCACUGAUGAUGGACAAUACCUAAUAUGUUUCAGCAGAAAUCAUCAAGAUCUGAUUGUUUAUAGACCAACAUGGCUUUCAUAUUCAUGCAAAGAAGAUUGCAAUACUAAUGAUCUUCCCCCAAAAGCAAAGAAGUUUGAGAGCUUCUUUAGCCAGUUAUACUGUGUAUCACUUGCUUCUAGCAACGAUCUUAUAUGCAAAGACUUUUUUCUUUACAUGGGGAGUAACCAAUUUGGAAUAUUUGCUACUUCUACUGCACAAAUUCAUGAUGCACUCCCUGUUGGAGGAGCUGUUCAGGGAGUCCCAUCGAUAGAAAAGAUAACAUUUCACCUCUUGAGAUUGGAGGAUGGAGUUGUUCUGGAUCAGAAGUCCUUUCAGAAUGAUUUUAUUAAUCUGGCCCAUAAUAUGGGUGUCUUCUUGUAUGACGAUUUACUGGCGAUUGUGUCUCUUCGCUAUCAGACAAUACACAUUCUGCAAAUCAGGGAUUCUGGCAACCUUGUUGAUGUACGAUCAAUUGGUACAUUUUGUCGUGAAGAUGAUGUGCUUUUUCUCACUUCAAAUACUCAGACUGAUUUACAUCAGGGCCAGCCUUCUUCAGAUUAUUGUUUUCUUAGCGGAAUCAAACAACGGCUGCUAUCUUUCAUAUUUAGAGGAAUAUGGAAUGAAGAAUCAGAUCAGUCAUCGAGGGUCCAAUUGCUGAAGAAGAAGUUCUAUUUCCAUUUUCAAGACUAUGUUGACUUGAUUAUCUGGAAGGUACAGUUCUUGGACCGGCACCACCUGCUAAUAAAGUUUGGUAGUGUAGAUGGAGUGGUAUCUCGCAAUGUAGAUCAUCAUCGAUCCUUUUUUGCAGUAUAUAACAUGGAGACAACUGAAAUUGUAGCUUUUUAUCAGAAUUCGGCAGAUGAGCUUUAUCUCUUGUUUGAGCAAUUCGGCGACCACUUCCAUGCAACCUCGAGAAAUUCAUUGUAUUUAAAUUUCACAUCAUCUCACUCAAAUAACAUGCAUGCUCGAGAACAACUCAGAAGUAAUAAAAAUAAAGCAAGUAGCUCUUCAGCCUCUUCACAGUUUGUGAAGAAGGUACUAGCCUCUUUGCCUUUUAGUUGUCAGUCGGAGAGCCCUUCUCCCUACUUUGACCAAUCACUUUUUAAGUUUGAUGAAAAGUCAAUUUCUCCAAUGGAUCGGCAUAGACCCUCACCAGAUCAACACAUAAAGUUCUGCUUAAGAAGGAAACCAAAAGUUCUCAAAUUUAAGAUGAAACCAGGUCCAGAAGCUGGUAGCACAGACAAUCGGACUAAAAGGAUCUCUUCGUUUCUUUUUCAUCCAUUUUUGCCUCUUGCUCUGUCCAUCCAGCAGAGUAUGUCCUUGCAGCCAUCAGUUUUGAAUAUUCACUUCCGGAAAUAAGUAGUGUAUUUCUUUGCUGUCUACUGGCUUAAGCAGCCUUUCUGUGAAAUAUGUAAUUCAAUGGAAACAAUUGUACAUUACAAGUUCAAUAUCAGUCUUGGAUUACUCAUCUUUGGUGAGGCCUGUGUUCAAUGGCCUCUCUCUUAGGAGAAGACUAGUAGUGACGAGCUUCAUCGUGACGAUGAGGGCAGCUGCAACUGGUCUUUUGGUCGCCCUAGUGAUGUCGGUCUCCAUAUAAAUUGUACAAAACAAGUGUUGAAGGUGGGUAUUUUGAGGAUAUUGGUUGGUUGUAGCAUUUUAGUUAUGGAAAGCAUCCAUUUUGUACCAUCAAAUUAUAAUGAGCGCAACACAUUGAUUUUCGUGUAUAAGAAUUACUGUUGGUUAAUCUUUCAUUUCUCUCAAA